GAAAAACUUAGAAAUUAGAAUUUUAUCUUGGCAAAUCGUAAAUUCGGCGUGGUCGCAGCAAAAGUUUUUCCGUAUUUUUGCCGGCUUAGUCUUUCGGCCGAAGAAAAAAGCGCUUUUAUUGCGACGGCAUGUUUAUACAAAUUAGUCGGGAAGCAUUUUAGCAGCCCAUGGGAUUCCUAGUUUUGAACUUUGGCGACAACGCAAAAGUGCUAGUGUUCUUGACCAGACUUGUGCUUCUGCACGUAAAUCUGGAAAGCUUCUCCUAAGAGGAUCACAGCAAUUAACAUUUUUCUCGAUAGUAAUUUCGAUAUUGCGUCGUUGCAAAAGUGAAUUGUUUUCCAUAGGAGACCGAUCCAGACCGUAGCCGACAUCCGAAAUCGGGCGACUUUUUCCAAGUUUUAAUAAAGAAGCGACAAACUGCCAUCGAGGGACCUCGAGAAGCAAUUAAGGCCCUUAAUGGACAUCGUGCACGAAGAAAAUAGGCGAAAAGUUGGAUUCACUAGGCCCAGUCACAAUCACGACAUCUCCGAAGAUGAUGAACAUGAUGAACGACAUGAGAUCAGCUCCAAUGCCUCGGCCAAUCAGGAUCGAGAGCCGUGCUUCCUCCACCCUCCUCAGCUGAUGAUAACUGACACAGACGCUCAGCUCACCUCCAACUGCGACUGUCUGCAACCCUACAAUGGCGACUCUAGCAACAUGUCGUCCAGACGCCCCAGCCUCAUUAUCGCUGCGCUUCGAAGGCCCUCUCAGGCUGUGGCGCUGUCCGCUGCCCACGCAGUGAUGAACCAGCGCCGCUACCUGCUAGGCUUCUUCAACGACAAUUCCAGCCAGAACCUGCCCAAGGAGGAUAAGAAAGUCGAUAAAGUAUCUGUGAGAUUCUCCAGUAAAAUGGAAAACAAUGGGUUUACCAUCAUCUUGUCGGCUCUUUAUGCUAAGCUGCUGGUGGUGCUCGGAAUAGCAUUUCCUAUUACUGAAGUGAUCUCGGAUGAAGUCCACGCUUUUUACUAUCAGGGAUUCUAUUUGUACCUCUACUUGGGAAGCAUUGUCUUCAUCACCUACGAAUAUGUGACCUUUGUGAAGGAGCGAGCAGUAAACAAUAUCAUCAAGAACUUGCAUGAUCCAGAAAAAGGAGAGUUUCUAGCGAAAAUCAACCCCAUCAAGCCUGCAAAGAAGUAUGGAAGCUUCUUUCUCAGAUUAGGAGCCAUCGCAUUUGGUAUUGGCAGCAUGGUGUACUCUGGCCUGGAAUUCGGUCGCUACUUUGAGUUGAAAAGUAUGCCAGAUUGUUACUCCAACAGCCUUCAAGCCAUCACUCCAGUCACAAGGAUGCUGUUGACUUUGCUCCAGAUUCAGUUCAUUUUUCUGAACCACAAGGACGUGGAGUUGAACAGGCACAAGAUCAUUGGCAGGUUCGGACUGAUGCACAUGAUUGCCACCAAUCUGUGCGAGUGGCUUAACGUGCUAGUGGAAGAAACUCGCCAUGAAAUCACUCAUUUAUCAGUUCAUCAGCAGUUAAAUGGCAGCAAUGAAACAGGAGGUCUCACUAAAUACUGCCCAGAAGGCAGAUUGAUGGGUUCAUUGGUCAACAAUGCCAGUCCGUUCCUCUUUCCUUGCACCAUUGAGUACAGUUUGAUUUGCGCGGUAAUUCUGUUUGAAAUGUGGAAGCACAUUCGGACCGAGGAUCAUGAACAGAAGGAGAAAGAUCACAAGAAGAAGAAACACAAAGCUGACUACUUUGCCUCCAGCAACUCCGGCCACCACUUUACCAUCGACUGCUCCAACUCCCACAAAGGACUGUUUGCCGGCAUAAUGGUGAUCGUGCUGACCAUAAUUUCCUUGGUGAUGUUCUUCGUGCUCACACCGAAAAACGAUGAGACCGGAGUGCGCACCAAUUAUGCGGAGAUUGAAGUAAACAUUGUGGAGCUGUUCCUCUACAUAGCCACCACCAUUACGGUGAUUAUCGCUAUGUUUCAGCUGAGGAAUUUGAAAUAUGAACGAAAAAUUGGUCAUGGAGGAAUGGGCCUAGACAAUAUGCUACUAGCAGUCGCCCAGACCGGGAUGUUUAUCUACUCGAUGUUCUCUUUGAUUGGCUGGUACUUCACCAUGGAGAACACCACAAUAGGACUACUCGCGGACUUGUUCUCUUUCAUUCAAACCUGCCUGCAGACUAUGUUUAUCUUCGACGCUUGGUGGCGUCGAUGUAAGAACAUUUCCCAAGCCAAGUUCAUGCCAGGAAGAGAGCUGAUCAUCUUCCUAAUGGUAGCCAACAUGGCGAUGUGGAGCAUCAACACUCUAGAGAAGAACCGGGCAGAGUUCCGACCCACUCACUUAAAGUUCUUUGGAGCCUGGGCCUGGACGAUUAUCACCCACAUAUCCAUGCCGCUGGCCAUAUUCUACCGAUUCCACUCUACAAUUUGCCUGUUCGAAGUGUGGAAAACCGCCUACAAGAUUAAGUCCAACUUCAAAAACCCCUUAUUUCCAGUAAUGUAACCGUCGCUAAAACCUGUUGGAACCAUGUCUGUUACUUUAAUAAAUGGCCGUGCUAAAAAAUGUCAGU